AAUCUUAUUGGUUGGACGCGAAUGUCAAUAAAAAUGGCUGCAGUAGAGUAGUGGUUACAGCACUACUGGGAAGGCAUGUAGAUAAAAUUAGGUUAAAUUUUCUUUAUCUUGGCACCGCACACGAUUACAAGAGACAUGAAUUUAGGAACCACCAAUCCAUACAAUAAUGGGCUCUUGUAUGCGGGUUUCAAUCAGGACCAAGGAUGCUUUGCAUGCGGAAUGGAAAAUGGUUUUCGAGUGUAUAACUGUGAUCCACUAAAAGAAAAAGAACGACAAGAUUUUUCUGAAGGUGGUCUUGGUUAUGUUGAAAUGCUGUUCCGGUGCAAUUAUUUGGCGCUUGUCGGAGGUGGACCCCGGCCGCUCUACCCUCCGAACAGAGUGAUGAUAUGGGAUGAUUUGAAGAAGUCACCUGUCAUUGCGAUGGAAUUCAAUGCACCUGUCCGAGGAGUACGUCUCAGGAGAGAUAGAAUUGUCGUUAUACUGGAAGGUGUAAUCAAAGUCUACACAUUCACAGCAAAUCCACAACAGCUACACGUGUUUGAAACUAAUCCAAAUCCUAAGGGUCUCUGUGUGCUUUGUCCCAAUAGCAAUAACUCUCUACUUGCCUUUCCUGGUCGGCAUUCAGGACAGGUCCAGUUAGUUGAUUUGGCUAACACUGAGAGAGCUCCACUGGACAUAGCAGCCCAUGAAGCACCUCUCAGUUGUAUUGCUCUCAAUCUCCAGGGCACACGUCUUGCCACAGCAUCUGAGAAGGGAACAUUAAUCCGUGUGUUCGAUACAUCUACUGGGUUGAUGAUAAAUGAACUUCGUAGAGGGGCACACACUGCUAACAUUUACUGUAUAAACUUCAACCAUGAUUCCACAUGUCUUUGUGUGGCAAGUGAUCAUGGGACAGUACAUAUAUUUGCAGUUGAAGAUCAGAAACUGAAUAAGCAGUCCAGCUUGGCGUCUGCUACAUUUUUACCAAAGUACUUCAGUUCAAGCUGGAGUUUCUGCAAAUUCCAAGUUCCUGGUGGUCCUCAAUGUAUGUGUGCAUUUGGUUCAGACAAUAACUCAGUCAUAGUUGUGUGUGCAGAUGGCAGUUACUACAAGUUCCUAUUCAACAACAAGGGUGAAUGCUCUAGAGAUGUAUAUGCACAAUAUUUAGAAAUGACAGAUGAUAAAUUGUAACAUAAGUACCAUGAGCACUUCAUCAAUAUUGUGAAAAGUCAGGUGCAUUCAGACUGUGAUUGUGAAUGAGCUCAUCAGUUGUGAGUAAUAUUUCUAUGUGAUAAUGUGGCUACUUCAACAAUCAGGUGCACUGAAUAGUUAUGUAGGUUUCCCAGUCUCUCUCUCUUUCACCUGAUGGACAAGCAAGCAUUUAUGUUCCUUAGUUCCCAAUUAUCAGAGUGUGUGUGGUUUUUAAGUGGUAUUAUUUUAUAGCCUGGAAGAAAACUGCAUUCCAUUGUGCUGCAGCUGUAGUUCUUGUGUUUGAGAGCUUGUACUGAAUGCAUUUAUGUAAAAUGUGUCAUUAGACUCUCAGUGUCUUCAAGCACAUCAGCUCCAUGUACUUUUUCAAAAAAUAUUUUGAGGUUCAGACUGUCACAAUAAAUUGAUGUUGAGAGUUUACGGCAGGGAAGAAGUGACUGAAAAAGUUGAGAAUAUCAGUGAAACAUAGAGAACUGAUAUCAUUGGAAAAGUGUACAAAUGAGAACAGAAAGUGUUUAGUGUUAUUGAUGAUGGUAAUAGAGCUGUGUGAUGUGGUGGUAAGAGAUCUUCACAUAAAGAUUCAACUAUUAUCUGUGCCUUUUUCUUCUGCUCAGUAAAGCAAUUUUCAGCUGAAAAAUUUCGCUGGGGGGGGGGGGGGGGGGGGGCAGGGCAGUACAAAAAUCACCAAGAUCGCAUCGCAGUCAAUGGGCUUAUUGAAUACUUUGUGCCUUCAGAAAAAUGACAUUGCAAGAUGACUGCCACAGUACCAUGAUGUUCCUCUUAAAAAA